UUCUUUCUAUGUAAAAAUUUUAAAACAGUUUGGUUUCAGUGAGCCCCAACCAACAAUCCCACUAAACAAACGACCUCUCGUUAGCUCUCAGCUACUACCGAACACCAAGUUAUCUAUAGCAAUUUCUGGCAUAAACGCCUAGAAAUUCAAUCAUGUCCGCCACCACUUCCGCUUCUCAAGAACCGGCGCCAAUCCUAAUCCCCUCUCUCCCAAACGACAUCGCUUUGAAUAUACUAGCCCGAUUACCUCGGUCUCACCACCCACUGCUUUCAUUAGUCUCCAAACCUUUCCGUUCUGUCUUCUCCUCCGCUCUCUUUUAUACCACUCGCUCUCUUCUUCUCUGCUCCCAACCAUUUCUCUAUGUAUCCAUUCGCAUCCCCACCACAAGCUCCCUACACUGGUUCACACUCUUUCAGAACUCUCCUAACCCAAGAAAGCCCCCAAAUUUCUUAGUCCCUCUCCCACCUACUCCUUCUCCGUUACUCGGCUCCGCCCUCGUCGCCGUCGGCCCUAAGAUCUAUGUCAUUGGCGGUUGCCUUAAGGAUAUCCCAUCCUCACACGUAUGGACACUCGACUGCCGGUUCCACUCGUGGGAAUCCUUUCCCAAUAUGAGUAUUUCCCGUGAAUUCGCCGCUGCCGGCGUGGUGGAUGGGAAAAUUUACGUCAUCGGUGGGUGUGUGGUUGAUACGUGGGCCCGAUCGAAGAACUGGGCGGAAGUUUUUGAUCCAAAGAUUCGAACUUGGGAAUCAGUGGAUAGUUCGAGAGAGAAUAUAUUGCGAGAGAAAUGGAUGCACGCUAGUGCUGUUGUAGAUGGUAGGUUCUAUGCAAUGGCGGAUAGAAAUGGGGUUGUGUAUGAGCCUGCAACUAAGAAAUGGGAGAGUGUUGGGGGUGAAUUAGAUUUGGGAUGGAGAGGUAGAGCAUGUGUUGUGGAUGGGGUUUUGUACUGUUAUAAUUUCUUGGGGAAAAUUAGGGGUUUUGAUAUGAAAAAGGGAUUUUGGAAGGAACUGAGAGGAGUGGAAAAGGAGUUGCCAAGGUUUUUGGCUGGAGCAACAAUGGCAAAUGUAGGGGGAAUGCUGAUGGUGGUUUGGGAAAAGACAGGAAAUGGAAAUGGAAAUGGGAAGGAAAUGGAGAUUUGGUGCGCGGAAAUUGAGGUGGAGAAGAAUGUAAAAGAGGAAUUAUGGGGUAAAGUCAAGUGGUGUGAUGUUGUUCAUAAGGUUCCUAUUGGGUCUUCCAUUGUUCAUUGCUUGGCGGUUACACUUUGAAGAUUUACUGGACUAAGUUAGUGGAUUUUGUAAAUUAUUUUCUCUAGUAGAAACUGCUGCCUCGGCUGAAUGUUAAUGACAAGGUAUUUAGAAUUCAAAUGUCAACACUGAAAAUUCCAUGCCUAAGUGCAGAGGGUGUAAAAAUGUUUGACUUGUAUUGAGGGAGAGGAAAUGGACUUUGUUAUUGGCAAGCAUAGCAUAAAUUGACGCAUGUUUAAGUUGAGAUUUUGAAGAAAAAACGAUCAGAUAUCCUAAUCUGUGAGCCGGUUUUAUAUUUCUCAUAGUAUGCAGAAGGCUUAAACUCUGUUUGGAAAAGUGAAAAAUAGGGAGGAAGUAAAAUAACUAAGCCCUUGUUUGGUAUUCUUGAAUUCCACAUAAUUUUGUCGAUUUCUUUUGGAAUUUCAUGUUUUUAUGUUUCGUUUAAAUGUAAAUGUUCAUCUAGUCAUAUAAGGUGGACAGGAAAACAAGGAGAGAAUGUAAAUUUUGCUUUGUUCAGGAGAAUGGAGAAAAGAAAUCUUAUUUUUCUUUCCAAGUUUUGUCCAAUUUGGAGAAAAUAUAAGAAAGGAUGACUUGUACCUGAGCUGAAAAUAAUUUUCUUUUUCUUCCUAUCCAAACGAAAAGACAGAAAAUAAGUGCCUUUUAAAGUUUUCUUACACUUAUUUUUUUUUCUUUAUUUUCUUUCCUCCCUCUUUUAUUUUUCCAACCGAGUUGUUAGUCUUUAUCAGCGGAUCACCUGAGAUCCCAAUAAUGUGUUCUGAGCCUCUUCAAGCAAGUCCUAUUAAAUUUUAUAACCCCAAUCAUAUUCUUUUACCGUUUCAUGCAAUUACUGACACCCACCUGGGAAUAUAAUGAUGUUGAAAUAAUCUCUUUAUCUAUAUAAAAUAUUCUGUUUCCACAUCAAUUAACCUAUUUUAGUUUUGAAAAUCUAGAAAGCCUUUCACCUGUAGUUGUGUUGCUUUGUUAAUUCUAUUGCUGUCUUAAGUCUUAACUUAUCCUCGCAACAUUGAUUCUGAUAAGUGAA